AUGGCGGCCCCCAGCGUGGCGGCCCGAGCCACGGCCUUCCGUACGGCCGGGCCCGCCACACCGGAACUGCGCUCCCUUCCGCCCAGCUACCGGAAGUCCCCAUUUGAAACGGAGGCGGCCGACUCCGAGGGCGCCCUGGCGGUUGCGGCCCCCAGUGUCCCGGACGAGAGCGACGCGGAGCGGCCGGCGCCGGGGCCCCAGCCGGGCGGCCCCGUGACCAUGACCAGCGCGGCCAAGACGCUGCACGGCCUGCAGCCCCCCUCGGCGCCGAGCGCAGGGCAGCCCUCAGAUUCACAAACUCGAGCUACUUUUAAGAGUCUCCUACCUGUUAAGUCCAAAGAAGUUGAUGUUCCCAGACAUCCUCAUUCAGGAGGCUCAGAGAACGAUAUUACAAAAGUCACCAAACCAAAACGAGAUAUUGGGCAGAUGAAAGCUGCAGAGACUACCAUCAGGAAAACCCUCCGAAAGGGCUACAAGCCACUGGGUAAGCAAAGGUCAGAGGAAGACCUCAAGGAUAAGAACCAGCUUUUAGAGGCUGUCAACCAGCAGUUGCACCAGAAGUUGACGGAAACUCAGGAAGAACUGAAAGAUCUGACUCAGAAGGUGGAGCUGCUGGAGAGGUUCCAGGACAACUGCUUAGCAAUUUUGGAGAGCAAGGGCCUCAACCCAGGCAGUGAGACCCUGGCUUCACAGCAAGAACUCACCACGGAUCACUCGGACUCUAUGUUGCUAUUAGAAACGCUGCAAGAUGAGCUGAAGCUUUUUAAUGAAACUGCCAGGAAGCAGAUGGAGGAGUUACAGGCCUUAAAGGUAAAGUUGAAGAUGAAAGAAGAAGAAAGAAUCCGAUUCCUGGAACAGCAAACUCUGUGUAAUGAUCAAGCCAGUGACAUUUCAGUAGCCUUGGAGGAAAUGGAGCAGCUAUUAGAAAUGUAAUAAAAGGCAGGGGCCAGGUGGCUCCCACUUGGGGUAAACUCAGAGGAAGCCAUGUAGGAUAUCUUCUUGGCCAUAAUCUUGAACUCUCCAUCCCCAAUUGACAACUUUUUCUACAGUAGGAUUCAGGGCAGUUUAUACUGAAUGGGAGUUCCUCUUCUAAGCCAUUUUCCCUAGCUUCAGAUUGGUCAGUUCUGAGCUUCACUUGUAGAUAAUGGAGGCCUACACAAGGGUCCUGGAGGCUUGACUCCACCUCCUAGGCCAUAAAACAGCCCACCAUUAGAAUCAGGAGACUUAAUCAGCUACAGUUGAAGAAUCGAGGAAGUCACAGGCAGAUUUGCAGAAAGCAACCCUUAAUUACAGUGGAGCAGAGGUGCACACAGGAGACAUCAUUGAGUCAUGGACAGAAUAGUACUUCAUUGUCAAUUUAUGAAACUGGACUUGCAAAUAAUACAUCUUGGAGCUUUUCAUCCAAAUGACAUCUGUCUGUUUGUUUUUAAGUACUACUUUUGAAAUAAAUAUUUUAAAUAUUCUGACUGUAA